AUGAGCGGAUUCUAUAAAGCCGAUAUGAAACGCGUUAAUUUAGAAGUUUUGAAACCCUGGAUUGCUAAACGUAUUGUCGAGUUAAUUGGAUUUGAGGACGAAGUUGUCAUUGACUUUGUGUACAGUAUGUUAGAAGAAGCUGCAGAAGAAGCUGCCAAAAGUGAUGAUCCCAGUCAGACACACACGCUUGAUCCGCGAAAACUGCAGCUCAAUUUAACGGGUUUUCUCGAGUCAAAUGCACCGAAAUUUGUUGAGGAAUUAUGGGAGCUCAUUCUCUCUGCCUCAAAGAAUGAGUACGGAAUUCCUCAGAAAAUGAUUGAGGAGAAAAAAGCUGAAUUAGAACGCAGCCGGCAAGGAAAGAACAGCGUGUUGUGCCACGAACAAAUGAACGGGAACGAGACUACUCUCAUCGACACGAUGAAAGACAAGGUGAGGAUCGUUAUAGAGAAAGAGCAAGUUCACGACGUACAGAACGCUCGCAUGGAUUCGACUCUUAUCGUCCCCACCGUGAUCGAGGACGGUCGGGUGCUCCUUAUGACUCUGAGCGGCGACAUUCUCGUCGAUCUCGGUAUUCUUCAGCUGAAAGGUAUGAUGAAUUUGGGCGUGAAAGACGAAGUGGACGUUAUGAUGAUUACUACGAAAAGAGAGACUCUGAUUAUGAUAGGGACGGUCGGAGGUACUCUUCGUACGGCAGAGACCGGGGUGAAACUCGACGCUAUAGUCGUCGUGAGGAUGACAGCCGACUGUCGUCGCCAGUUAGACGUUCCCCCUCUGAUGAUAGGUAUUAAGGCAGGCAAGCAGACAAUGAAUGAACAUGAAAUUGUAUGA